ACGGUCUUGACUUGCUACCUCCAUGCAGAAAAACGCAAAAUGACCAGCAAAGAAGUGUGUUUACUUCUUGGGGCAACUGGUGUCGGAAAGACUUUAUUACUGAAACGCCUACAAAAUAUCCUUUAUGCUCGUUUGAACGUUUAAAGUCAGGCAGGAUUUACAACAAGCUAAUAGCUAAUGUAGCUAUUGCAAUUAGCCUGUUGUAAAAUGGGUUUUAAACGGCUGUUGACUGACAGACCUUGUUAAUUUAUUGAAUAUGUUUUAUAGCUCGAGCAAUAACUCUGAACAUAAUACCUGGACAUUUCUAACAUGAAAAAUAGUUGUCUUUACAGGACAGGUAAAUUUAAACCACAGCAGUUGCUCCUUUUUGGUUGUGUUUUCCUUACAGGUUUAUGAACUGAUCAGUUUACAUGGUUCAUGCGAAAUGGGUUCGCCUCCAUCGACUCUUCCGACAGUAGGAACCAACCUUACAGACCUGACCUUGAAAAAGAAGAAGGUGACAGUGAGGGAACUUGGAGGCUGCAUGGGGCCUAUAUGGCCCAGUUACUUCCAGGACUGCUUCUCUGUUAUUUUCAUGGUGGAUUCAGCCAACAUUGUCCAGAUAUCCUCCUCCUGUAUCCAGUUGCUGUCUGUGCUCUCUGCUGAGCCUCUGCACAGUGCCUCAGUGCUUAUUCUCUUCAACAAGAGGGACAUGCCUUGUAUUAUGAGCCUCACAGAGAUAAAGUCACUUUUCAGAAUGGAUGACAUCAUUGCAUCGGCUCCUCAGCCUAUCACAACACUGGAGGCUAGUGCCCGCUCUGGACAGGGUUUGCAAGAGGUGCUGGGCUGGCUGGAGUCUAUCAUAGUCGUCAAGUGAUGUGUGUUUGAGAUUUUACUGAGACGUUCCUCUAAGAACUCGGAGAAGCCGUCUAAAGACUUUACAUCAAGGUUCUCAGUCUACAGCAUCAACUCUGAUUUCAGGCGAUUUGAUGCCACAUUUAAAAAGAAAAAAAAAGACAAAGAAAAUGGGCUGCAAACCUUGUAAGAAGUGAAAUUUAAGAGGGAAAUCUGUCCUAUUAUUUGCUGGAAAUGGACAUGAUUGAAUGAAAUAAUCAUUGUGAUGUUUGUUUAGUAAUAUCAUUUAGGUUACAUCUGCCAAUUUUCUUUCAUACAAGUCGCUCCAACUAAUUCAUUCUUGCCUGAUGAGCAGUAAUAGAACCACAUGCUAAGGCUAAAUAUAAUGAAUCAAAAUAUGAUUUGAGUUUGACUUAAAAACAAUGGCUCUAGAGGUUCGAAUUACAAAUUAUUAAACACUUGUUCAAAUACAUAUUGCAUAAAAUUAAUGUUAUCACAUUUUGCAUAUAAUUAGAAUAUUGUUAUUAUAAACAUUCCAACUAAUGAGCGAGGAAACCAUUAUGCAGAGAAAGACACAAAAAGAAGUAUAAAUGUUUGCAGAAACAGUCAGAAGUAGGUCACAGUUGCUCUGAGAUGAUGUGCUGUGUAGAGGAAAGCAAAGUACAACUUUUCAUGCCUAUUUAUAGGCCAGAAAAUGAAGGCCACUAUAAAAAAAAUACAGAGCUAGAUAAAGAUACGCCUAUGGAUGAAAUUAAUGAUUUUUUUUAGGUGUUGAUAUAAGUGCAGAGGAAGAUUCAUCACUAAAAUUAGUUUCUGGCAUAAAUCUAAGUUCUUUCAGCAGAACAAUGACUUGAAUUGCACAUAAAGCACAAAAAAAGGGAUCAUUGAGGGGAGAAAGUGGGCUGGUUUAAAACUUGGCCUUGGAUUAUUCCUCUGUUAAACGUAGCAAAGAGCUAGUGCAAACCCAAAAUAAAAUGACAAAUAAAACAAACUGCUCAUGGUCAGGAUUUGGUCAGUGAGCCUUUUCCUUAAAUUAAGUUUUCCUACUUUUCAGUAGGAAUUUCCAUUUGUUAUGUUCACUCAUGGUGAAGUGCCAGUGUCUGCUGCACAGCUGCUGAAUCAGCUAUCCAGUCCAUAUAUUACAUUUCUGUAAUUCUAUAUUUAAAGUUAUUUUUCUAUAGGUUUUCUUUAGCUAUAAGUAAACUGUGGAAAUUAUUAAUGAAUGUAACAAAUCUAUAUAAGCUUCUUUUAUAUUCCAAUUUAUAAAGUAUUUUUUUUUCAGUGACACUAAAAUUUAAUAAGAUGCUCUCAUUUAUAAGGCAACUUGUUUAUAUAACGGUAUGAGUAUUGCGGUACAGCAUAAAUGUUUAUGUAUUCUUUGGCAAUAUCUAUACUUUUUUUCUCCAUUGGUAUCUGGAGCGCUCUGAUUUAAUUAAACUGAUGCUACUAA